ACGCGUUCGUUCCCCAUCCUCGAAACGGAACGCGCGUCAAUCGAGAAGACCGCGCGAGAAACACACCAAUAUGGUCCCACAGACCGCCAUGCCUUCGACGCUCCCAAUCCUCAGCCCGACACCCCGAUCCUCGUCUUCUUAUACGGUGGCGGAUUCAACACAGGUGCACGCACGCUCCCGGCCCCCGCGUCCAUCAUCUACCACAACCUCGGCUCCUUCACUACCCGCGGGUUCAUCACCGUCGUCCCCGACUACCGCCUUGCCGACUCUCGUGUACAGUUCCCUGGCGAGCGCGAUGCAAUGCAAUGGGUCAUGGACAACCUGUCCUUCCCCGACUCUGACACUAUCUCCUCGGCCAUUCGGCGGGGGCGAUGA